GUUUGUGAAAUUUACAAGAGGAAUUGUCGGAAACAGAUAUCUGUGUUAUAUUCUGGAACAAACAGUUUCAUACAGCUAUCAAGUGCAAUAACCGCAUCUUUGUUUUGAAUCCAAGUUUGAGGUCAUUUGAUGAACAGAAAAUAUGGAGAAGUUUAGACACUGUGGAUGGUGCUGGAGCAACUUUGGCCAGUCUUCCUGACCCUAUCUCUGGAAAAUCAGGCGAAUUUAUAUGCAUCAAUUCAGAUUGUUUAUUGGCAUUUACGUCAUCAUUUAAUCUUCAACGGCAUAAUUAUGUUAAUCAUACAAGUUCUGGCAGCACAGAAUUGGACAUUUUGCAACACAGAAGUGAAUAUAGUAAUUGUUGGGAUAGUGUAAGUUAUUCUGAACAAAUUGUUUAUGCUUGUUUUCAUAGUUUGCUCACACAUUGUAAAUUAGUUUUAGAUAUAAUAACUCUUUUAUUCCUUUUUUAUGCUGUUCGGCUCUCAUCUAAAGAGUCUGCCGAGAUAUUGUCUCUAGAGGAUAUGCAAUUUAAGAAUCUUGAGGGAAAACUCAUUGUGCGAAUACUAGAACAGCGAUCUUCUCAAAAGGACGGAGUUGCUAUGAUGUUGUUGGACAUUAGGCGUCGUUCCAUGGAAGGAGAAAAGAUAACGUCAGAAGUUCUGUUUGCUGUUCUCGAUGGCGCCAGCGAGAAAACUUUGUUACGCUCUGAUAUUCGUAAUUGCAAAGAGGGAGGAAUAUGGGACGUCAGUCCGAGUGACAUCAUAACUGACAUGAACUCAUUGCUUGCAUGUCACAGCUACUUGCUUGAGAAGGCAUUGAUGAACAAAUGGUUACAAUACAAGGCUGCACUAGCAUAUAAAGUUGGGGAAGAUCUUAUUGCCGCGGAGAAAAGGGGAAAGAAGGUCAACGACCAAAACAGUCAGGGAGAGCUGGAUAUUUCUGCUCAUUCUACCGAAGAUCAUAGUUCUAAUUCUACUGACCAACAUGAUAGCCCACCUUUAGAAGGCACCAAAGGUCAUAGUUCUAAUUCUACUGGCCAACAUGAUGAUCCACCUUUAGAAGGCACUGGAGACGGUACAAAAGAUGACAGGGUUCAAAGUAGCCAAUCCUUAAAACAUACUGAAGACGACAGCAUUGGCAAUCUGUAUGAUUUGAUUCUUGAAUUCCUUAGGAGCUUUAGGAACAACGACCCCAAAAAGUUCUACAGAGGCGAAAUUGAAACGAUUAAGUAUAUGGGCAAUUUGGAUAUACACAUUCAUUUUCCGCACAUGAAAGAGUAUUCUGCAGAACUUGCUGCAUAUAUUAUUGAUCAUCAUGACAGUGACGGGGUUAAAGCUGAUAUAUCACGUGCUGCUCCUCAAUACCUUGUUGAACAUAACAUUGGAAAACCUGAGGAAGAGAUACGUGAGGGUAUAAAAGUGAUAAUGGUGGAUCUGCCCUCACCAACCAGUAACAUGUCCUUUAAGAAAUAUGCUAGGCUAAACAAGUUGACAAGGCCUUUUAAACUUCCGAAGAAGUUUCGUCGACUUUUUUCACUUAGAUGGAAAGGAAGAUUGUACUUGAUGACAUAUGCUGGAAGAAGAGCUGCUCGUGGGCUAAUGAACUGCAUCAUUAAGAAGCACAAGGAAAAACUUUGUUGGAGAGGUGAAUGGAAAUUGUCUGACAUGCGCAUCGAAGAUGGAUUGUUUGUUAUUGACACAGAAGCAUUGUAUGUUGCGGAUGUCGAGGGUAUGGCUUGGGAUUAUAAGAAGUACAUUGAGCUUCUGAAUCCUUUCUAUGUCACAGUUGAACAAUCCUCCUCCUCUGGGUCAAAGAAAAAACAAUCCUCUUCCUCUGGGUCAAAGAAAAAACAAUCCUCCUCCUCGUCGUCAAAAGAAAAACAAUCCUCCAAUAGUCCACCAUAUUGGGAAAUUCUUCAAACUGACACCAUGGCGAUGCCAGAUCCGUUCAAGGACCCAAAGGCAUUUGACAGAUUUCAGAAGUACAUGUCUGCACACUUUGCAUUCAUGCCACCAGUUAGUAUAUUUCAGUUUCUUUGUCUGCUAUUUAGCAUUUGUGAUGGACUGCGGCCAAACAGCGAUCAACAAUAUGGACCGUUGAACGUUAAGCCGAAGGGUGUUGAAAAUUGGACACCCAAGGCUAUAGGAGUAUUUCUGUUUAAUGACGUCUUCUUCUAUUCGAAGAAUGGUGUCAUUGUCAAUGCGUAUAGUAAUACGUACUGGUAUAUGCUAAAGUUUGUUAGACAUUUCUCUUCACAUAUUCUAAGUCUGACAAAGAACACUGAAGGCCAAGACGUCCAAGAUAUGAUCUUAAUACAUUUAAUGCUAGCCUGUCGUCUUGAUCGUAAUUUGGCAUCACUAAUUCGACACAUUGUUAAUCAAACAAACAUGGAUGGACUAUUUUUACGUGCAUGGCAAGCGCUCUUAGCUUCAGAUGAUAAAAUCGAGGAGGAUUUCUUAGAAGAUCAAGUAUCUGAAUCUGAGGAUGAAGAAAGUGACACUGAUGUUGAAGAGACAAGGGAUGAAAUCGAGGAUGAAGAUAUUGCAGAUCUUGAACCGUUCAAAUCUGAGGAUGAAGAGUGACAAGGAAUGCUAUACUGGGAAGAGAUAGAAGGCUUGAAACCAUCUCGAGAUGCAUGCUCUGCAGGCAACACUUCAGCUCUGCGGGCAAGGGCUGUAGAAAUUCACCACGAUUUGUAGAUGCAUGCCCUGCUGAACCUUGUUUUUGUUCAGCUUGAUGAUCAUGCUUAUGGAUAAGACCGAACUAGCCCAUGUAGCUAUGCAUGAGUUCAUCCCUCUGUUUUCUCCUAGGGCGUUAGAUAGAAGCAGCAUUUGAGGGUUUUCUAUGGGAGUCGGCUGUUUUUUUUUGUUAGUCUUGGGCGAAUUUGUUUGCCCCCUCUUCUCUGGGUUCUCCGGUGGCCGCACAAGCACAAGAGUGCUCCUGUAAGCAACUACUUUUACCGAGAGCCCCGACUCAUGGAUCUACCAUACCACAUCAGAUGCCCGUACAGCAGGAGCGGGAUGGGCGUUGUACAUCCUUAGGAUGUGGACUGCGGAGCACGUCCGUGGCACACGAAUGAAGUGGGUCGUGUGGCCCUUAUAACAAAAGACUUGGAGCACUGCUUGCUAAUAGUAGAUGUUUGGAAGUCAGUUUUUUUUAGAAAUGUUCUGCUGUAAUUCAUUCUUCAAGUGCCUCUAUCUAGUAUUAAACCGUAAGUGGUGGUACAUCGAGCAUCUCGCGUCCCGCACGGGCGCUUAAAAAGUCGGAAGAAAACCAUGGACGACUGUCCGCGUCCCGCACGAAGAAAAUCACUCACCCAUAACCCCCAAGGUCAAGCAGCACAUCAAGGCCUUGUACAAUCCUUUCUAUAGGAGAGAUGCCUAAUUAAGCGUAUGUCUUGUACACAUAAGCACCGGUUCUAAAUGAAAGUCUGGUUUAUUUCUUCAA